CAGAUGCAUGUGAUUAAGAGCCCGCGUGUAGGCAAGGAGGGGCAUCCCGGCUGCAUCACCAGCAGCAUGCAUCAUUGCUGGCACAAGCGCCGCUGCCGCCCCCUCCCGCUCCAGCUGGAGCUGGGAGAAAUGCGCAGGCCGCCUACGGCCCGGUAACCCAAGCCCAGCCCCGGGUCAGACCCUGACUCAGCCCGCGCCCCCCUCCCAGCUGACAGCGUAACUCGAAACCCGGGCGGGCGCGGAAUCCCGGCGUGCUCCCGGAGCAGGAGCAGGAGCAGCCGGCGAGGGGAGGGGACAGGGAGGAGUGGAAGUGGGAAGGAAGGGGGGGGGGUGCUGCCGCCGCCGCCUUGCUCCAGCACCGAGGCGGCUGGGUCUCAGUCUAGCGCAGGGCCCGGUGAGCGGAGCAGCCAUGAACAGGCUGGGGAGGAAGGACAACGAGACCCUCAUAGAGAUGGCGCUGGCCACGGAUGAUAAUAUCGCAGUUCUCACCAAGUUCAAGCCAUCAAGGUCAGCAGGGGAAGAUAGCAAUGGACCUCUGUGUGAAACUAUUUCAAACACAGAAUCAGAACUUCCAAGCAAUUCUGAGGGCCUAAGCAGCACUGAGACUACUUUACUCAUCCCUGAUCAUCAAGUGAUUAACAAGAGACACCAAAGCAAAGAUUCUAUUUUCUUCAGGGAUGGUGUCCGACGAAUUGACUUUGUACUUUCUUAUGGGGAUGAUCCAAAUAAAGAAGAGGAAAAGAAGGUGUAUACCGAUGGUGAAAAGUUUCUAAGUAGUCAUAAUGAAGCCUUUCUUUUUUCAAGAAGCAUGAACUGUGAACAGACUGAUGUAUGGGAGCAACUGAAAUACUUUUAUACAGAAGAACUGUAG